AUCACAAAACAACAAUAAGUUCACUGCGUGCCUGGGGAUUACAUGCUUGCCUUCAAGAAAUUAGAUGAUGAUACUGAGCUCUUCUAUUUUACAUAACAAAAUAAACAAAGGGGUACACUUCCUGUCCCCCAUUCACAACGAAACACCAAUCGGCAAUGGUCGCGUGCGAAAAUUUGCAUAACAAGUGAUAGAUCGAGGGCUUAUAUUGGUAUAGUGUAGACUCAUUUGCAUAUGAAUAGUCUGCAUUCGCCCCGUCGUGUUUAAAGCAUUACUAAUCUCUCUAAUAGUCUAGAGUAUUCACUUCGCUUUCUGUCAGUUUAAGCUUGCCUUGACGACUUGUAUAGAUACUCAAACAUUCCUCUAUUAUAUAGUUAGUUGGCAUUUUAGUUUAGUAAGCAUCUAUUUUGCUCGAAAAAGUCAUCGAUAUCGUCGAUUCGUUAAAAGUGCCUUGAUCCAGACUAUAUUAGUUCAACAUGUGGUGGCUUGAGCGAAAGCAGAACCAGUUGUUCCUGAUAGUGAAUGGACGGAGGGCAUUCAGCCGAAACAGGAAUGUCGAGUUUCCCGACGUCAUCAGCAUGAUUUGCGUCGCUAACACUUCAUCUACUGAAGACAGCAUACAGGUCUGUUUUAGUAAUGGUCUUUCUACACAGGCAAAGUUUUGCCAAAUGAGUGUCACAAACAUGGCAAAGACUUUGAAAAAAACGGAGAACAGCCUGACCGAUGUUUUGUCAGUGAUGGCGAUCGUUAAUGACGACAUGAUCUAUUCAUUUCCGUCAUCAGAGGAAGAACUCCUUCCUUCUCAAUCUUACACACAAUCGAGGCAAAAACGUAGCAGUUCUGGAUCUAGCAGCGACGGAACUCCACCAGAACGUAAGAGACGAAACAAGACUUCUGAACAUUCGGCGGAGAAUUCAGAUGCAGCAAUUGAACAAAAAUGUCAAGGCAUUUCUGAAAUCUCCCUCAAAAAACUUGUGGAGCCCGAGAAGGAUCUCCAGAGACCACGUACCAGGAAGGAAGUGAUGGAGGCCAAACAGUUCGUGAUGAAGGCAGCAACCCACUUCCAGAGCUCCCAUGUCCUUCCAGUCCUCGCAGUAGAUGGCCCUUCUGGAACAGCUUACCAGCUCCUAGGAGGGGUGUGCUAUGCUCUUGCAGCUAAGGAUCUUGUUGACGAUGAAAGAUAUGAACAUCUAUCUCGUGGAUGGCGCUGCAGGGUGUACCAAAACCUGGACAAGGUUGAGGCAUUGAGAGUGGCAUCACUGCAUAGGUGUGGGCAACCUGCUGUAGACAAGCCGUGCUUGCAGGAGGAGGUUGCUGUCUGCAGGUCAAUUCUAUACGAUGACAACAACCUUGAUGUGGAGGAUGAGCCCUGCACUAUGACUGCCUCGACAAGACGCAAGUGUUCCCUAGCCCUUGGGAAAAAUGGCUCCUUCAAUGCACUGAGGGCUCUCGAGCCAACUUUCCAGUUGGCUAGUUAUUCAAACAGAUGCUACAGGAAAGCCACUCUCCUUUUCGAUGCAACUAGAGAAUCUACUGGAAAGGAUUUGAAACAAUGUUGUUUCAUGAAGCUACAAGGACUCUCAGAAGAGGAGCGAUAUUCACUUCUUCUGGAGGCGACCUUGUCUUUGAAUGUUAAAAAGAUGAAGGCGGAUGCCGAUGAACUGAAGGCAAUGAAGAGUCUGAAGAGCGUGUUUGCUAAGGGAGUUGGGGCUAAGACGUGGGAAGAGGCGAUAGAAAGAUACCCAACCUUCACUUCAGAAGCAGCCCUGGAACCCUAUGUUGGUAAAAAGUAUACAAAAGGUAACAUCCCAGAGGUCUUCCUGGAGCACAUCAGCAGGGCCAAGAGAGACAUGGACAUGAAUGCAGACGACAUCCCAGCCCUUAUGAUACAAGAACUAGAAGAGGAUAUCCAGUUAUCCUCAACACCAUCGGCUACUACCAGAAUCUUCCUGACAAAGGACAUCACAGCGAUAUCCAAAGUGGUCAGCCAACAUACCCGACACGAUGUGCAUAUAUUGCAUAUUGUCCAGUCCCCAGUAGGAGAUAUUCAAGAUGUCAACCAUAAUGUCUGUAUGCAGUAUGGUAUUGUCGAGUCUAGGAGGAGGGGUGCUGGCACUAGCCAACUCUACAUGCCAUCAAGAUCAGACUUCUACAAAUAUGCAGUGGAGCAUUUCACUUCUAUUGAUGAAGUGGUUCUUGACGUUGGAGACGGACUGCUGGCAAGGGUUGCAGCAGAAUGUGGACGAAAUGGGAGGAUGGUAGAGGAGACAACACUGUCCAGCACAGAAAUAGAGGCCAUGAUGGGUGCUGCAGACUCGGAGGAGAUUCUAGAUGCAGAUCUAGUAUUAAGCAUGGACCAGACGUGUUCUAUACCUUAGUGCAUUUUGUUUCUCUCAUUUCCUCACCUCGAUCACUACCUCAUUUAGUUCUGAAAAAUAUUGUUAAGAUAUGUGACAAACUAACGUUUUUAUGUAAAUAUUUUUAUACAGAUAUGGCUGGUAGGGUGUUUAUAUAUCAUUCUUUUGGCCGCUGGAGUUGUAUUUUCAUGAGGGAAAAUAAAACUCCUUUAGGUAGGCUAAAGAAUAUGUAUUACAUACAUAACAGGAAAUAUCUAUUAUAAUAUUAGAUAACCUUGAUUAAGACCAAGUCAUGGUUUUUACAUGAAAGUCUGAACACGAACAGUUUAAUAGAGUCUGAUCUACAGUAGAUAUCCAUUGUCUUCGCCUUUCUUCUCUGUGCUUAGCUGUUAUGACGAAUAUUGUUGAUACAUGAAUACAUUGUCUUAGC